ACGGAGCAGCACAAGCCGAUCCGACAUGGGAGAAGUUCCGAAAAUUACGGAUCUACACAAAGUGAUCCAGCCUUAUUUGCCAGAGGGAACCACGUUGGAGUCAUAUUCUAGCUGUUACUUGACCAAGCCUGGGGAUAACUACGGCAGCGUGAUGUUGGCUAUUCAGGCACAAAUCAAGGAUACUGAUAUUGUAGUACGGGAGUUGCCGCUGAUUGCCAAGCUUCCACCUGUCACCAACGAAAUUUACUGGCAAAUCUUUCAGCCCGAAAGAACCUGCAUCACAGAAAAUGCUGUCUAUAAGUAUUUAGCACCUGAGCUGAAAAAUCUCCAGCUUAAAGCUGGUGUCUUGCCCGCCGAACUCUUCGAUGGCUUUCCCCGCUACUAUGGAUCCCGCAUCUCUCUGAACGACAGAGCCACCAAGGUGGACCGGGACGCCGUACUUGUUCAGGAAAAUUUAACAAUUCGCGACUAUAAGCCUGGGAACCGUCACAAGCCCUAUGAUCUGGCGCACACUGUGCUAAUUCUCCAUUACUUGGCCCAGUAUCACGCCCUUCCAAUUGCCUUGCGGCUAAAAACCCCACAGAUAUAUGAAGAGUAUGUGCGGCCCUACUUUAAAAAAUUCGACAUGAACCUUAAUAUAUCAGCCGAAGAGAAAGAUUUGAUGAACAAUGAUAUCCUAACUGACAUCAAAUCUGCGACCAAUGGUGAUGAAAGUGAUGUCAAACGUGUCAAAGAGUUGCUAGACAAAUUCGAUGCGUUUCAAGCUGGCAAAGACGUGGAGGAUGGUCCUUUCACUACGCUCGUGCACGGAGAUUUGUGGAUCAACAAUUUAAUGGUGAAAUAUAACGAUGACGGCGUCCCGGUCAAGCUAAAAAUUGUCGACUUCCAAAUUGCACAAUAUGGGUCUUUGGUCCACGAUAUAAUAUUUUUACUAUUCUCCAGUGUGGAAACAAAGGUUUUGGAUGAGAAUUUCUACAAUCUGCUAAAAAUUUAUUACAAUGCUUUUAUUAAAUCUUUGCGUGCAGUCGGUGUGGAUACUAACAGCUAUAGAUACGAGACAUUCCUCGAUGAAGUUCAUAAACAAGCACACUUACAGCUUCCCCAUGCCAUUUUUAUGAUGAAAGUUAUUUUGGCUGACAGCAGCAAGCUGCCAACAGACUACAAAGACGUGGACCUGACGGUGUUGACUAAGAACACUGGAGCUAAGGACAUUGUAGCUAAGUUUGGCGAGAUCUUGCGGUUGGGGAAAAAGUUUAAUUUAUUCUACUAAGUCACUACAGAUAUAAUUAUGCAUAUCGAAGUCAUAACAAUACCAAAUAAACAUUUUGCUAAAUCACGA